AGAUAAAAACUACGAUAUAUUUACUUAGCAUAGUUAUAUUUCGAUAUUAGUAAUAGAUGAAAACUAGAACUUCUGACCACUAGUACCUAGCAGUAUUUAUUAUUAAUGAUUAAACGAACUUACCUGAAGCCCUGAAGUGAAGUUCUAUUUAACAGGAAUCAGGAAAUAUGGAAUACGAUUUUUCGCGAAUAGACUAUGCAAUAUGUGGUAUUACGUACCCGGACACGUUAAAAAUAUUACCAGCGCCUGGGCCAAAAACACAACAGAGGUUUGUAAUCGGCGACAAGAACGGCGUUCUUCAAUGUUUGAGUAUAAAAGAUGAAGAGGCAAUCGUUCAAUUUAAAACCCUGCCGGGGAAACCGAUAACGGCUGUUCAACUAGCUACCAACGAUGGAUCGCAAGUUGACAAAGUGUUUGCUGCAUCAGGUAAUGAAGUUAAAGGCUACACGAGAAAGGGAAAAGUGUUUCUGUCAAUCGAAACGGCUCUAUCAGAAACUAUCACAUCCAUGUCUAUUCUGAUGGGGGACCUAAUUCUCUGCAGUGGCCGAACCGUGACGCAUUAUAGGGAUUUGAGGGAAUUCCAUUCCUAUAUUUGCGAGGAUAGAGUUCUAGAUAUUGCGUCAUUUGCUACCCCCAAUAACACCAGAGUAAGGCUUCUGGUCCUAAUUGCCAAUAAAGGAGCAGUGAUGCUGGAGAACGGGCAGGUCACAGCCAGGGCGGUGGUAACCUCAGGCCCUUCAAGACUAGUUGUCCCUCCACCGAUGCACGCUUCGGAUAUUUAUGCAUUUUACGGUGCUGCCGAUGGUUCCGUUGGACUCGUGGCUUACGAAGAGUCAAUGCUCACUAGUAAAUGCCUGGUGGAGGGCAAAGGCUUGGGUUCAGUGAUGUGCCUGGGCUGGUACUUUUCCAACGGAAACUCUCACCUCGCCGUUGGUCGUCACGAUGGCUCUGUGCAGCUCUAUCUCAUCGAUAUGGAGAACCUAGGCGACAAACCUCGGCUAAAAUAUACAUAUUUUUCGGGAGAACCGGUUACGUCAGUCAGCGGUGGCUGUGUGGGCACGGAAGAGAACGAACUGUUGGUAACCACCUUUUCGGGCAGAGUCUUCGCUCUGAGGUCUCGCCGUCUGGUUUCCGGAUCCGGCAUGUUUACUAAUGUUCCGCCAGAUGUUAUAGCGGCUAGGAGGACUAAACUAGAGGCUGAAGUGGCUCGAUUGGAAAAGCAGGCCUCUAAUGAACGGGAGAAAUAUCAUAGGAAUACCCGGUCCUUGGAAAGUGGAGUGACAACUCCCCCGCUGUUGGACAUUCAAUAUGAGUUGUUAGGAGCAUCUAAAGACGGUUGGCAAGAAGCAAGAAUUAUGGCUCCCGUGCCUUUAGACAUGCUCUUCAUAUAUUGCAACCGAAAGUUAGACAUGAAGACUGACAGUGCAGCGGUGUUAAGUGUUUGUCCAUCCCAGGGAUCAUCAUCAGAUUUCCUAGCAACAGUACGGUGCCAAGCCGGCACGCGUCGCUUGUGGGUCCGCAUGCGGCACGCAGGCCCGCCGCUUGCCGAAUGUGCCCGGGUACUGAUAUACGCGUUGCCGGCUGGUGCGCCGCGGGUCGCCCGUCUGAUGACACUGAGAUUGCCGGCUCUCCCUUACUACUCUCAGCACGAGGAUCCGGAUUCGGAUAGUGAAAGCCGAGUAUGGUGUGUUCUGACUGUAUCGGGAAGUUUUUCUGUGGCCGAGAUGACGGCGUGGCUGUCAGAGGCGUUACCAGGGGAGCUACCCAGGCCCGCUCCGUUAGUGUCCGUCGCUCGGUCACACUCCCUUCUGAAGACGAUCCUCGUUUGUCGAUUGCAACGUGGCCAAGCCGUAUUUAAAUCGGAUAACGUUUCCACGAUAGCUACGAUGAGAGAAGUGAUUUCUAAUUGCUCCUUACGAAAGAGUAUUCGCCUUGAAACAUCUUGUGAUAUACCAGAAGCGACAUGUAUAAUUUCAUUCAAAAGAAUAGAAGAGCAAUUCAAGGCAGAGCAUAAAAAAUAUAAAGAUGUUUCUUUGAAAAAAGCAUUAGAUGCUUUAGAUUUAGAUGAAAAUGUGUUAGCUGACAGUGAACCUGUACUAUGCGAAGACUAUCUCAGAGUAUGGGAGGCACCAUUAGACGAUGAAACAGACGCUUACUUUCAAAUUCUUAUUGAUACUGUUAUGCAAUGGUAUACUGACUGGAAAAAGAACUCAGUAUACAGAUCCAACCAAGGCAAUGACAAAUCAGAGCUUCUCUCCGCUCUUAAGGAAUGCAACUUGGACAUAAUACAUAAAAUACUAAGUAAUGCUAAUGAAUCUCAAUCACCAUCAUCACCAGACCUUCCAAUCAAUAAAAUAUAACAUG